UGCAUCCCAACACACACAAAUCCGCCGAUAAGAAUGGAGCAUAUUGGCAUUUUGAAUCUAAGAUAACGUAGAUGUUCAAAAGAAACCUGGUUGAAUCAGAAGAACAAAUCAUAAACAGCUUCUUUUCGAAGUGUUUCAAAAGACAUAAUGGCGACCCUCUUUUUGGCACACGGGUUCGGCAUCGGUGGUGACAAUCCACUUUUUAUCACAAUUAUUUCCGAGUAUACCAAUAAAAAGACUACUCGUGUGGUCUUUAUUUGCUGCCGUCUUCACCGUGGAAGAAUUUGGGAUCUUAGUUGAUGGCGCCCUGCUCGGUACACAGGACAGCGGCAACAACUCGUUUGGCUUAUUCUCCAAGGAUUUCUUCGUCGGCGUCGCCAUGGCCUUCAUCUGCUCGGUUCAACCGAGUUUCUUUUGAACGUCCGUUAAGUUACCAUAGAUUCGAAAUGCCGAUGUGGUCUAUUUUUAUGGGCGGGUUCACGCGCCCCGUGAACCCACGGGUUCUUGCCAUUCCUACUUAAAACAACCCAGAGAUGCAUAAGUCGAAGUUGCAAGAACUCUGCCAGAGGAAGACAUGGAGCUUACCCAAGUAUACAUGGACGAAGGAGGGACCCGAUCAUAACCCUUGCUUCAAAGCUUCUGUUUUCGUCAAUGGGAUCUCUUUCGAUACCUCAAACUCCUCCAGAUCCUCAAAAGAGGCUCAGAACGAAGCUGCUAAAAUUGCUCUUGACUACUUCUGUACUUCUGCCCGUCCUCCUCCUGAUGACAAUCAGAGUGUCGGAGAUUCUACCUCUAAUCCUUCGGUUUCGGCUGGUUAUUCAAGUGCAAGAACUGAGUUACAAAGUAAUUCUGGCAUUGGAGGAAGGUUGUCACCAAAGAAUUCUAUAACAGGAGGAAAUAUGUUAAGUGUCAAAAAUGACAAAGAGUUUGGAGAUAUGCAACAUCUGUAUAAGAACCAACUCCAAAGUUAUGCCCAAAGGAAAAGUACUGCUCUACCAACAUAUUCUUAUGUGAAUGAGGGCCUACCUCAUGACCCUCGCUUUAAAGCUAAGGUUACAAUUAAUGGACAAAUUUUUGAGAGCCCAGGGGUUUUCUGCACGGUCAAGGAAGCAGAGAAUGCAGCUGCAGGAGCUGCAUGUGCAUCAUUGUCACUAGAUGACAUUCAACUGGAUGAAUAUGGUAUAUAUAAAAACCUUUUACAGGAAUUAAUGCAGAAAGAAGGUUUCUCCAUGCCAAUAUACAAUACCACCAGAUCUGGUGCAUCUCAUUUGCCAACAUUUUUCUCUAGUGUGGAAAUAGAAAAAGAGAUUUUUCAAGGGGAAGCAGCUAAAACCAAAAAGCAGGCAGAGAUGAAUGCAGCAAAGGUUGCAUAUUUUGUCCUCAAAGAGCGUGGAGAUCAAGACGCAAAUCUGGCAGAAAGAAUUUCAGCCAAUGCAAAAGAUGGUACCCGUCACUCUAUGCUUCCUUCAGGGCAUGCCAAUGAUAGUACACCGAAAAGCAAGAAAUUGCCUUGUUCAUCAGAUGACAUAUAUGCCCAUCUACGGGAUCCAUUUCCAUCAAUAUGUUCCUCAUCCGAUGAUGAUUUUUCAUCAGAUGGGCCAUGUUCACCUAAACUGUCUUCCGGGGGCUCAGAAUGCUUGAAUGUGGGUACAAGUGUAUCUGCUGUUGAUUCAAAUAUUAAGGUAGUGGCCAAUGAAAGGCCUCAACUGAGUAAGAGGAUAAGGGUAUACCCUCGCAAGCCAGACAUGACAUUCCCUAGGGGCGUCACCAUAUUGCCCAUCAGCGACGACAAGUGGGUGGCCCUGAGCUUGGAUUUCCCAAAAGAAGAUAACCAACAUGGUGAAGCGCUUAUUUCUCGGUGAUGCUUGAUCUCCCAUUUGGUUGUAGUUUCAGUAUUUUGGGUACAAGACACAGUACCACAAAUGCAAGUCAAUCUAAUCUGUAAAUCCUUGUAUUAUCUUUACAAGAUAUAAGUUGAUGGUCUUUAGAUCCCUGCCAAGUAAUCUACUUGACAGCUUUAUUUGUUCUGUUGAAUUAGGGCCCCCUUUUUUGUCUCGGAAAUUAACAUGGUACUUUGGUUUGCCCUUUUUUGUUUCGCUUUUUUACUUUCGAGACCUUAAUCCAAUAGACGUGUGGAUCAUGAUCCAUGUUGGAUCCCAUAAUGCUUGUGGGUCUCGUUACAUUCAUCAAUAAUUUAAUAAUAAUGCUUGUGGGUCUCGUUAUAUUCAUCAA